GUGUUGUACUCCAAGCUGGCUACAACUUUCAACAUGGCGGAGACUCACAGCUUGCAGGACAUCAGACAGCAAGCAGCCAUUGCUGCCAAAGUGUUCAUUCAGAGGGACUACACGAAUGGCACUGUUUGCCAGUUCCAGACCAAGUUUCCCUCUGAACUGGAGACCAGGAUCGACAAGCAGCAGUUUGAGGAGACGGUGCGGACACUGAAUAACCUGUAUGCCGAAGCAGAGAAGCUUGGUGGCCAGUCAUACCUGGAAGGCUGUCUGGCCUGUCUCACGGCCUACACCAUCUUCCUGUGUAUGGAGACCCACUAUGAGAAGGUCUUGAAGAAGAUCGCUAAGUACAUCCAAGAGCAGAAUGAUAAGAUCUACGCACCACGUGGUCUUCUUCUCACGGAUCCAAUUGAGAGAGGGCUCAGAGUCGUUGAAAUCACCAUCUUUGAAGACAGAAGCACAGGCUCUGGAAGAUAAAACGCACUGAAGCUUGCAUUGUGAGACAACUGCAGCUGCUAGUUGGACUCCAGAUCUCCCAUCUCCAGAAAUCAUCCUUUCCGCCCGAGCGCCAGACCAUUGUGCCAGCCUGCCCAUCCCAGCCCCUCCCACCUCUGCACCAACUUGGAGCCCCUCCCGAACCACUGCGUCUCUACAAUCUCUUCAGUCCUCCUGGUCACUGUAUAUAGAUGAUGCACAAUUUUCUCUCGUCUUUUUUUUUUCCAUGCUUUUUUCGACAUUUGUUAUUUAUUGUAUUCAGCUGCACUUUGAGGCAAAAUGAUUAUGUAUUGUAUAGAAACUGACAGAAUCACCCACCUCAUAUAUCCAUCUUGAUUUAAAUAAGUUGUACAUUGUUUACUCACUGUCAACCUUAACUGUCAUUUCUUUUGUAAAUCUCCGCUGUGCCAUAUGUUUUAAUUGAUUGAUAUUGUUAAUCUAAACAUCUGUUGUAACGGAGAGAAUAGGCUGAAGCGCGGUGUCCGUGUGUAUGCCCACUUAGGGUAAUUGUGAAAUCAGUUGCUGUGCUGGUUCAGUGUGAUCCUGUGUCUCCAUGUGGAAAGCUGUGCAGAGAAACGUGCUGUGUGUCCCUGCAUUCUGUUGACCAAUGUUCAAAUGGUGUCAUUCCUAUAGCCUGCACUGAUGAUUCAAGCCAUGGUUUUAAUGUAUUACUUCUAAGAACAGGGUAUUAAAGGGCAAUCAUCCUGCUGUACGUACAUUUGUUCUUAU